AAUUGAAAAAAAAAAAAAAAAAAACCCCACCUUUUUUCCUUUCAAUUUGCACAACACAAUCUCACAUCGUAUCGACAUCUAAAACUCAAAAGAGUCUGUGAUUUCCCUUACUUCCUCAAACCAGAAGCCAUGGCCAGCAUGAUAAUGGCUUCCUCAAAGCCUGUAAUCUCCAUUGCUGCUUCAUCAUCCUUCUUUUCCAAACCCAAACUCAAACAAAUCCCACAACUUUCCCUCCCAAAACUCCCCACCCCAAAGUUCUUGAAAACCCAACAAAUCCCCUCACUCUCCUCCACCACUCUCAAAUCUAUCUCCCUCUUCACAGUCACCACUUUAUCCUUUGCCCCACCUUCUCUUGCUGCAGAAAUAGAAAAGGCCGCUCUUUUCGAUUUCAACUUAACCCUCCCCAUCAUGAUGGUCCAGUUCUUGUUCCUCAUGUUUGCUCUUGACAAGGUCUACUUUACCCCACUCGGGAAAUUCAUGGAUGAGAGAGAUGCUGCCAUAAAGGAGAAACUUGCCAGUGUGAAGGACACGUCUGAGGAAGUGAAGCAACUUGAAGAACAAGCAGCGGCUAUUAUGAGAGCUGCAAGGGCUGAGAUUGCAGCCGCUUUGAACAAGAUGAAGAAGGAGACUCAGUUGGAAGUUGAGGAGAAACUGGCUGAAGGGAGGAAGAAAGUUGAGGUUGAAUUGCAGGAGGCUUUGGCUAAUUUGGAGAAUCAAAAAGAAGAGACUAUCAAGUCACUUGAUUCCCAGAUUGCUGCUCUCAGUCAGGAUAUUGUCAAGAAGGUGCUUCCUCUCUAAAAUCCCACUUCAUAUUUGGUUUAAUUUUGAGUCAAUAAUGUUUAUAUAGUUUUGAAACCAUCUAUGUAUUUAAUAUGAUUUUGAAUUGUAGAACAAGGGACAACUUUCUGUACUCCAAUGAAAUCUGAACCCUUUAUUUUUUA